AUGAUAAAUACUUGCGCCUCUGAAAAGAGAAAACUCUCACCAUCUAUUGAAACCGGUGUUGUUGAAGCAACAUAUUCAUCAUCAAUAAUGGUCAAUGAUCAUGAUGAAAAAGAUGUUUUCUCUCCGACAAGCUCUAACGCGAUCAAUGGACCUUUCGUUGAUGAUAUUAUUUUUGAAAUUCUUCAUUUCCUUGAUUCAAUGUUUAUUAUUCAAAUUUGUAUGAAAAUUUCAAAACAAUGGAGACAAGUAUCAUUUCAAAAACCUCUCUCAUUAUCGUUCAAACAAAAUCACUUCAAACAAGAUGGUAAAUCAAUCAAACUUUUUGCUGAUUGUGAAUGUUUGAAGAAUUUGACUUCUUUGGAUCUCUAUUAUAAUGAAAUUGGUAUUGAAGGUGUUAAAUAUAUUGCUGAAAGUGAAUGGUUGAAAAAUUUGACUUACUUGAACCUGUCUUUCAAUGAAAUUGGCAGUGAAGGUGUUAAAUACAUUGCCGCAAGUGAAACCUUGAGGAAUUUGACUUAUUUGAAUCUUUAUCGCAAUAGAAUCGACAAUGAAGGUGUUAAAUAUAUUUCUAAAAGUGAACGGUUGAACAAUUUGACUUCUUUGGAUCUGGGAUGGAAUAGAAUUGGCAGUGAAGGUGGUAUACAUAUUGCCACAAGUGAAUGUUUGAAAAAUUUGACUACUUUAAAUCUGUAUGACAAUCGAAUUGGCAAUAGAGCUGUCCAAUACAUUUCUUCAAGUGAGUGGUUGAAGAAUUUGACUUAUUUGAAUCUGUCUUUCAAUGAAAUUGGCAGUGAAGGUGUUAAAUAUAUUGCUACAAGUGAAUCCUUAAAGAAUUUGACUUCUUUGGAUCUUUAUCACAAUAUAAUUGGUAGUGAUGGUGCUAAAUAUAUUGCCACGAGCGAAUUCUUGAAGAAUUUGACUUCUUUGAAUCUGAGCUCUAAUGGAAUUGGAAGUGAAGGUGUUAAAAAUAUUGCUGCAAGUGAAACCUUGAAGAAUUUGACUAAUUUAGAUAUUUAUAACAAUAGAUUUGGCAGAGAAGAUGUCAAAUAUUUUGCUACGCGUGAAUGUUGGAAGAAAACGACAAUUGAUUGUUGA